CUAAAAAUCAAAAGGGCCACCCACUUCUCUCACUCGGGCAUCAAGAAGCCCUUCUGAAGUUGCCCUUCAGACGAGAGAAUCCCUAAAAAGGCCCUAUUUUCUUCUGCCACUCUCAGUCCUCGCAGCUCUCAUAAACACGAGUUCCUUCCACCUCUUGACUCGGUUUCUCAAUUCACGAGUUCAAACUCCCCUGCUAAGCAGAGAUGCGUAAAAACCCUAGGUUACAUAGAGGUCCAAGUUUCCCAUCUGCUCUCUCGUACAAGCAAGUUCUGACUACCGAUUCAGUGGUACUUCGAUUUCAUAGGCAGGGGGAGCAGCAUGGGUUUGCCGUUGUGUUUGGGCAGCUCCACCUUCCAAACUCUGAAGCUCACUACUAUUCCGAUCCCAUUCAGACCACUUGUGUCGAGGACCCUCACCCUAAAUCUGCUGCUUUACCGCCAUAACUGUUCCCAGAGACCUCCAUUUCCAUUCCAGGCCAGAGCAAGAGCACCUUCAGCUCCAGAUGUCCAGGCCUCUCCGGUUGCGAACUCUAAUGAUAAAGUUGUGAAGCCUCAAUGGAAGGCUGCAAUUAACUUCAAGUGGAUACGAGACAAUAAAGCUGUUGUUGCCAACAACAUAAAGAAUAGGAACUCCAAUGCUAAUUUGGAACUUAUACUUGAGCUCUAUGAGAGAGUUUCAAACCUUCAAAAGGAAGUUGAACGUCUUCGUGGGGAACGGAAUAUAGUUGCAAGCAAGAUGAAAGGCAAAAUGGAACCAUCUGAGCGUCAGAAACUAAUAGAAGAAGGAAAGAAUCUGAAGGAAGGAGUUAUGAAUUUGGAAGAAGACUUGCUUAGGCUUACUGAUGAGCUUCAGCAGGAAGCCCAGUGUAUACCAAACAUGACUCAUCCAGAUGUUCCAAUUGGAGGCGAGGAUUGUUCCACAUUAAGAAAGAUGGUUGGAAGCCCACGCAAGUUUGGCUUUACAAUCAAAGAUCACCUUCAACUUGGAAAAGAACUAGAUCUUUUUGAUUUUGACGCUGCUGCUGAGGUCAGUGGGUCAAAAUUCUACUACCUAAAGAAUGAGGCAGUAAUGCUAGAGAUGGCCCUCAUCAAUUGGACCCUCUCAGAAGUCAUGAAAAGGGGUUUUACACCGCUAACCACCCCAGAAAUUGUGAGAUCCUCUGUUGUCGAAAAAUGUGGGUUUCAACCUCGUGGAUCAAAUACCCAGGUUUACUCUAUCGAGGGUAGUGACCAGUGCCUCAUCGGCACUGCAGAAAUACCAGUGGGAGGAAUUCAUAUGGAUUCUAUUCUUGCUGAGUCCCUGUUACCUUUGAAGUAUGUGGCUUUUUCCCAUUGCUUCCGUACCGAGGCUGGUGCUGCAGGGACAGCGACAAGGGGCCUUUAUCGAGUUCACCAGUUCACCAAGGUGGAGAUGUUCAUCAUAUGCCAACCAGAGGAUAGUAACUCCUACCAUGAAGAACUCAUUGGUAUUGAAGAAGACCUCUUCUCGUCACUGGGAUUGCAUUUUAAAACUUUGGAUAUGGCUUCUGGGGAUUUAGGUGCUCCUGCUUAUCGUAAGUAUGAUGUGGAGGCUUGGAUGCCAGGUUUAGGACGGUAUGGUGAGAUAUCAAGUGCAUCAAAUUGUACAGACUAUCAAAGCCGCCGUCUGGGAAUACGAUAUCGUCCAUCGGAAUCAUUAUCUAUGAAUCCUAAGAGGGGCAUGAACCUUGCUCCAACACAGUUUGUGCACACAUUAAAUGCAACGGCCUGUGCUGUCCCGCGGAUGAUUGUAUGUUUGCUUGAGAAUUACCAGCAAGAAGAUGGCAAUGUUAUCAUUCCAGAGCCAUUGAGGCCCUUCAUGGGUGGGCUUGAGCGUAUAACUCCUAAAUCCUGUUUUACCUUUAGCAGCGGAGCUUCGUUGUUGGAUAACCGGAUUUCCACAGAAGCCUAGCCUUUCUUGUGCACCUCCAUUUUGUUCACCCUUGGGUCGGGGUGACCUAUUAUUGAAGUUGGCACAAAGCUGGGGUGAACUAGCAAACGGAUAAAGAGACGUAUUUCCAUCAACAUCUGUCUCAUUUAUAAUAUUGCUGCCCCAAGAACUUUUGUGGGGUUAGAAGUUGGAAGGCUGUUAAGCAACUAAAGAGGGGUCCUUGGGUCCUUUGGUUUUUCUUUUGCAAUUUAUCUUUUUCCCUUCUCCAAACAGUUGUAUUUAUUAUAUAUAAAUAUAUAAUCGCAUCUUCCUUUGGUGCCUUUGAAGGGCUUAGCGGAGAGUGGUGGAUACAAUCCAUUUACUAUUACAAAUUUUGUCAAUUAAAUAGAUGAAUUUCUUCA